CACCCCCUCCGGUGCCGAACGCGCCGUGCCAGCACCGCCGGGAGGAAAUGGGAAGCCAGUGAGCGGAUCCGUGCCGGUGCCGGCGCCCGCGAUGACCCUGGUGCUGCCCAUGCAGCGGCUGGGCCGCCCCAUCGCCGCCGAGGGAGCCGCCGACCUCGCCGCCUACCGCGCCCUCUGGGAGCCGCCCUGCUGCGGCCGCCCCGGCCCCGCCGCCCCCCCGGCCCCGGCCCCGGCGGCCCCCGGGCCCCCAGCCGCAGGAUCACAUUACAGGGGAAUUUCAAAUCCUGUAACAACAUCCAAGAUCACAUACUUUAAAAGGAAAUAUGUGGAAGAAGAGGAUUUUCAUCCACCACUCAGCAGCUGUACACAUAAAACAAUCUCCGUGUUUGAGGAGCGGGCCCAUAUUCUUUACAUGUCUUUGGAAAAGCUGAAAUUCAUUGACGAUCCUGAAGUCUACCUGCGGAGAUCCGUCCUCAUCAACAAUCUAAUGAAGAGAAUUCACGGAGAGAUCAUCAUGCAGAACAAUUGGUGCUUCUCCGCCUGCUCCUUCAGUGGCACCUCGCCACAAGAGUGGUUUGUGCCUCAGGACUGUCCAUACAGAAAACGCCUUCGGAUGGCAAAGGAGGAGUAUGAGAAGCUCCACAUGUGCUGCUUCUAUCAAGAAUGUGGCAGUCACUAUUUAAAUCUACCCUACUCUGUUAAUGCUGGUACAGAAAAUACUUCCUCCUCUUCCUCCUCCUCCUCUUCCUCCUCUUCCCCCCCCAUUUCCUUGCCAAGCUGUUCCCAGCAGGUGGAUUAUGACGUUGGCAGUGCACCUUCUUACAGAAGUGAUGACCAGAUACCUGCUAAUGAAAUAUUCAUCACUAAUGGCAGGUCUCACAGUAAUCAGGAAAAGGCAAAAUUUAAUGAUGAGAAAGGAGGUAAUGAACCUGAGCAAGGGAGCGUUGCUCUAAACUGUGAACCUGUAAGAGGCACCCAUGCUGUCGAAUGUAGAGGCAAAUUUUAUGACUAUUUUGAGACUGGAUGUAAUGACAAGAGCAACGUAAGUGAAUCUUGGAAAAAAUCCUUAAGGAAAAAGGAAUCUUUACCAAGUAAUAAAAUGUGCUGCAACAAAGGAAGUAAAAUAUGAGGCAUCUUUCUUGCUCUGUUGAAGCAUGCACAGCACGUUCUUUCUCUAUCAAAUUUUUAUUUUGAAUGGAUUUUUUAUAGUUUUCUACAAAUGGUACAAUCAUGCCACAAACAUGGCAUGUAGUUCUAAGUGACUGGAGAGCAGAUUGCGUAAAGAUACUCUGUGAUCUGCAUCAGUGGGCUAUUUAUAAAUAUGGUGACUUCAUAAAGGACGCAGUUGCGUUACUGCUGAGUCUGGUGUAGCUAUGGUGUAGCUUUCAUUACUGAAAAUGCCAAUCAGCCAGAUGGGGAAAACAUAUCGUUUUAUAUAUCCCCACCCCCAAGAAGUCUGCCAAUAAUUAAGAAGAACCUCCAUUAUGUUUACCAAGGAAUUAGAAGUCUGGUAAACAAAUUGAUGCUACCAGCAAGGAUGAUGUGCUCCUUGUAACUCGGUGUUCCUUCUGACAAAGGACUGUCUUCAUGGACUAGGAAUAAACCAUCCUUAUGUUUUGUACUGAUACUCUUGAAUUUCUGGAUUCAGCGUCUUGUUCAACUGACAAAAUAGGACAUAGCAUAAAGAAAUAACCUGUUUAUGGGAUCUUAAUAAGAAUGAGACAUGCAGCUCAAGUACUUGCGUGUUUUCACCUCGGCUGUAAUAACUAAUGAGGCUUGUUAUACAGGGCAGAUUUUUUUUUGGUGCCUUACGUUUUGUCUUAAUUUUUGCCAGCGUGAAAAUUAAGUAUGAAUCAGUGAUACAGCAGGGAUUUAACCUAAACAGAGAUUAAAAAAAAACCCCACAGGGUGGAUCAAUAUUAUUAGAAACCUUUAACCUUUGAAGUACUGAGUUCAACUUCCUAUUCAAACAUCUCUGUUCUUCCUUUUUGAUGCUCAAUUGCUUUUUGAUUUGCUAUCCUUAGGAAGGGAUUUAAGAAACAAUAGAGAGAUGUCUCUUGUAAACAAGCAUUCGAUGCUUGAGUGUUUCUAUGGCAACUGUCUGUUGCUGGGCUCUUUUUUUUUUCCUUCUUCGUAUAAUGAAGUUCAUGAACCAGUGGCAUGUUUUAUACUUUAUUCUGUUUUGCAUAAUUUCUCUCUUUUAGAUUGCAAAAGCAUGCGGGAGUUUUCUAUGACUUUUGCUGUUGAUUUAAAAAAAGACAAGAAAAGAAGGCAAGAAGCACAAUGUUAAUUAAUAAUGUGACGUUAAACAUGGUUUUAUCUGAAUGAAUGUAAGGGGUUUAAUUUUAAAAAAGAAAAUUUUGGAGAAAUGAGCUGAGAUUUCAGUGGCUGAGCACAACAUUUAUUCAUCCCUAGGUAGAUGGUUUGCAAAAGUGUGCUGUUUAAAAUGCCCAGAAGACAUUAUUUGGGGUUGGACCGAGAGUGAGUCUUAGAUCCACCAAAUUAAUUAGUUCCCACAGUCCCUAUAACAACUGGCGGGAUGCGCUCAGCAAAAUAGCCACAUCCAAGCCACAGCUGACUCAUAAAUAGCUGGCUGUUCCCAUAGCAUCAUGCACUGAAGCAACAUGCUCUCUUGCUUCUUGUCCAAAGGGUGGAAACCACCUCUGUGCUGGGGGAACAGCCAGCUCAGCACAGGGCAUGAGGAUUGCUGGGGGGACACUGCCCCGAGCUCCCCCAGGCUUGGCACUGGAGUCAGCCGGGUCUCUGGGUCUGAGACCUCCUACUCUGGGUUUCAUGGGUUCAGCCUGAAUCCUCUGGGGCCACGGUUAUUUUGGGUAGCAUGUGCACCCCACAGCCACAUUUGCAAACUGGAUGGUCUUUUGUCAGAAAGACCAGUGGUCACUGGAAAAAAGGGCUCGCCCCCCUCCGCAGCUAAAGUGACCACAAAAGAGAGCAGGAUGUCAAUCAGUGAUAACCUUUAUGAAGUCAGGUGAGUUUAAACUGAUAGGUUUGUAAGGGUUAUCAUUGUGAAGAGUGACAAAUAAAGGAAGUAUAAGUCCCACCUGAUUUCUCCAAGACAGAAGCUUUUUUAUUAAUAAUAAUAAUAUUAAAUAUAGAUCUCAUUCAUACAGUGUAUGAGUAGGAUCAUAAUUUAGACAUUUGUCCACAAGGACCAAUUUUUUAAAAAAACUGAUUUUUCUUGUGUUAUACCCAGGUAGUCUAGUAAUGUCUGCUCUUUUCCAAUAUUUGAUAAACGCUUGAUGUUUUAAGCUUAAAUAUUAGAUGCUUGUAUACUAAUGUGUUGUUGUAGUAAAGUGAAAUUUCCUUGAUAUAUAUUUAUUAAAAUGACCAAAAUUCAUUUUAAUUUUACAUCUCCAAUGGCUACUGGGUCCUUUCCCCCAUGUUCCCCUCCCUCACCAAAGAAAAUGCCAUUUAAUGAAACUGCUCACUGCUGAAGAGGUUACAUGGCAGUUGACUGUGCCCCUUAAGCUGGGUCCAUGAGGAAGCUCAGCCUUCUUGGGGUUUCAGGAGCCUUUAGGACAGUCUGAAGGUGCACUGAGAAGCAACAGAUUCUCUGCAGACUUGCGCAUUCAGCCAAGGAAAACACCUGGCCAAAUGCUGCCCAAACCACAAAUCACCUAACACUUUUGGGGGGGCUGAAAGCUUUCUGACCCUAAGGGGCUCCUUGGUCUUCAAGAACAAGCCUGCACACAUAACCUGUCGCAGAGGCUUCUCAGUUGAAUUUGCACAAGCUACAGUGAUGGAUCAGCAGAACUCUGUCUACUCUGGCCUCUCUAAUGGCUUCUUUAGUUCCAGGGACAUGUAGAAAUUAACCUGUUACAGCUCUGGACAAUCUUACUGUCAUAAGGGUCUGUAAGGGAUGUAAUGUCAUCUAAUGAAGGUUGGCCUGUGGAUAAGUGGUCUUUGUCUGGACCCUGCCUCACAAAAUAAUAGCAAAUACUGAAGGUAUAUGUAUUGGACUCAGGAGUCCAGUGAGUUACCUUGUUUACCUCAGAAGAGACAUAGGUAUUUCAUGUUAGAAAAGGGAGUUGGAAAGACCUUUGUCCAAUUGCCAGAAAUGCAAUAGACCUUGAUAGGAUUUCCAGCCUGGGCUAGGCUGAAUGGAUUUCCUGGUUUAAAUUUGGGUUGAUUUAUGGCAUGUGAAGACUGUAAACCUGAUAGGCCUCUUCCCCACUGCACACUCCAGUACUAAGGACGUUUUGCUAGUAUCACAGAUUUUCAAGAAAUAGGUCUUUUACAAGAUUAUACUAAUGUCUUUCAUCUGAAUGUCCCACACAUAGCUGUGAAAUGAAUGUUCCUGAACUUGAUCCUGGCCUACCUACCAGGAAGAACUGGACAGAAAGCUUCUUUUUAGGGAGAUUGCUUUACUCUCUAUCAUGACACUCUGGUUCUAAAGUGUAAGACUAUAAAAGUGUUUGCCUUUCAGCACAUGGCAAACAGCAACAGAAAAAGAUGUUUCUGUUGUCACAUCUAUUUUACUGUUACUAGGAACAGAAGUGUUAUCUUCAGAAUCCAGGUAAUACAUUUCUCUUGAAAACGCACAGUUCAUUUGAGUUGAAAAAAUUGUGUUCCUUUUUCAAAGCACGUGGCAUAAUAUCAUUGUGCUUCAUACAUACUCACUGUUUUUGGUAAAAUUUUACUAUUUUUACUGUAUUAGCUAAUCUGUUGAAACAGCUUAACAUGGUUACUUAAGCAUCCCCAGCACUCAGACAGCCUCAGCUGGCACCGAUGUGCAGUGCCAGCAUAGCAGCUGGUUCCAGAGAGAAAACAGACACAGGCUGAGCCGCAGAAAUGAAGUGCUUCUUUCAGUCCUCAAGGUGUUACACCCUAAAGCAAAAUUGUGGUAGAGACUUUUUUCACAUUUCGUCUUUCUGUGCACUCUCCAUCCUCCUUUUGCAUCCCUCAUCUACCAUCUGUCCUUUCGCUGAUGACCGUGACACACUGCCAGGGUGGUUUGGUGGAUGUCACCUCCCUUUGGGUUUGUGUAGGAGAAGCAGGGAGUUGGUUCAGAGCCACCGCAUGAGCUAAAAUUUAAACAAACUAACCAGGGUGCCGUGUAUCUCAGCUACUUCGUGGCCCCUCUGGAGGCUCAUGCCAGUUGUGACAUCCCCCCCACCCAAAUGGCUUUUCCAGCUGCUGUGGUAGGGAUCUGGUGAUUAGAGGGCUAUGGCCGAAGUAGAGAUGUGAAGGUGAUUUCUAGCCUGGAUUUGACUUGUGUCCUUUCAUUGCCUUCUUGAGCUAAAGGUGUAGUAAGAGGUAUAGCAAAUGCAAUUGCUGCUUACUCAUGCCAGGAACCUUGAUAAAAGAAGUUUCUUGAGUUUUAUCACG